AUGCUGAUGAUUAGAGUAUGGGCUCAGGUACAAGCAACUAAUCGACGAUUCAAUGUGACAGCACCUAUACCGGAUUCUCCUUAUGUGGCUGGUCAAAUCGUACCUGUUACUUAUACUUUACCAGAUGAUGCUAAUUUACCUUCUGUUCUUGGAUUAGCCGUUUAUUUUACAACAAGAGAUCCUUCUUUACCAUUUGUUCAGGCCACUAUUUCCGACAAUGCUGAUCUUAGUCAAGGAUUCAGUUUUAGACAUACCACUAAUACUGAAGUUUAUUAUGAACAUCAAUUGAAUUAUGGUAUUCCCAAAGAAACAAAGGCUGGUAAUUAUCAAAUUGUUUUUGUCGAUACCAAAGGUGGUGGCAAUACAAGUAUACCUAUUGUGGUUCGUCCUUAUUCCUCUAAUCCAUCUGCUUCUUCUACCAAUAAACCUCAAGUCUCUAAUAUCUUUUUACAAGGCAAUUCUGCAUCAUCCACAUCCCAUUUUGUAGUUUAUAAUCCAUUAGGUUUUUUCUUGAUGUUUAUUUUCUAUACCUUCUCAUUCUAA